AUGAGAUCGUGGGACACUGCCGUGGGCUGGGGGAAGCCUCUGGGACUGCUGUUCCUGACGCUGCUGCUGUCGGGAAGCACAGCGUCCCAGUCUGUGGGCAGCCCAGCGCAGAGCCGGGACGUGAUCCCACAGCUGCUGUAUGUGAACCUAGACGAUGCUCCGGAGCAGCGCUGGCUGCCGGUGCUCCAGCACUUCGACCUAGACACCCUGAAGAUGGACGUGGAAGAGGCCAUCAAGCAAAAAAUCCCCAAAUGGGUUUACAUUGUGAUUAAGGAGAUAAUCGAUCAUUUGGAUGGGUUGCUGCUUGAGCCCUAUGCCAAUGAGAUAAGAGGAAUAAGCAAUGCACUAAACAUAAGUUUUGUAGAUGGUGUUCUCUUCAAUCUGGUCUAUGAAUCAAGCGUAUUCUGUACCAGUAUUGUAGCUCAAGAUACCGAUGGACACAUUUACCAUGGCCGGAACUUUGAUUAUGAUUCUGGAGACAGCUUACGCAAUUUUACAGUGGAUAUCCAGUUCAUAAAAAAUGGGCAGAUAGCCUAUACAGGAACAACAUUUGUUGGGUAUGUGGGUAUAUGGACUGGGCAAAGCCCACAUAAGUUUACAGUUUCUGGCAAUCAACGAGACAAAGGUUUUUGGUGGGAGAAUGCAGUGGCUGCUCUUGUCAAAAGAGCUCUUCCUGUCAGCUGGGUUUUCAGGAAUGCCCUAGAAGAAGCCAAGAACUUUGAUGAUGCUGUUCACAUGCUCUCAGAGACACCCCUUAUUACCAAUGUUUAUUGUAUCAUCGGAGGCGUGUCUGACCGGCAGGGGCUGGUCAUCUCGAGGGACAGAGCUGGCCCAGUGAACCUCUGGCCUCUUGUUCCAGAGAGAGAGUGGUUUCUAAUACAGACAAACUGUGACCACUGGAAGCCAUGCCCUCCAGAGGAUCACCGAAGAAUACCUGCUGCGAAUGCUAUUAAUGAAAUUGGAAAAGCAAAUAUCAACUUGGAUAAACUUUAUGAGGUUUUAACCAUAUGUCCAAUUCUGAAUCACAAAACAGUUUAUACAACAAUAAUGAGUGCCGCAGACCCAGACAAGUACCUGACUCGAAUCAGAAACCCCAAUGGGACGUGUGAAUAAAAGCAGGAAAGAAUUCUGCUGAACUUCGACGAUUUCUGCAAAAGCACCAGCUAUUCCAUUGGCUUAGUUUUGUCCUUUCAGGGAGAGAAUGAAUAUUGUGACAAGAAUGACUUCUGUUCAUGGCGUCUUUCCCCUCCCUCUCCAUACCCUGCUGUGGCCAAC